AUGCCGGCCGAGAGGCGUUCCUUGAGAUCGAACAGCAAGUCGGAUAGCUCUUCAUCUGCUAACGGUGAAAAGGCACGCUCGACUUCUCAAAACUCAAGCUCCAAUAAAGACAAAGUCGCGCCCACCCGCGCGACUGCCAGUAAGACCAAAAGCACGAGAGCCGCUUCUUCCAACAACACUUCGAACUCCGGCAUGGGUGAACAGCGGGAUCAGCCGCGCACCAACGGUUCGGAGCCGACGGAGAAUGGUUUGAAUGGCUCUGAGGAUGUUGAGAUGGGAGAGGAUACGGCAGGUGCGCCUACAUCCUCAUUCAACGCCAGUAAGGAUCGGAAAGGUGACGAGAAGAUGACUGUUGUAGUGCCCCCUACCAAGGGUUCGAGGUUAUCCGGCGAUAAAGGUCAGGACCAGGAAGGUGAUGUCGCAAUGGAAGGUGCGGAGGGCGAUGAGUCCCAGAAGCCCGAGCCAGAGAUUGAUCCCAGAGCCAAGGCCAUCCAAGGUUGGUGUUCCUGUAUAUCGUCAUGCGACAUCAAGACCAACUUUACCCUUCUCGAGCGAGCCGUCGCCCAUUUCGACCCCAGAUUUACCCUCCGUGUCUUGCGGUCGAUAUCUUCGAUGCGCAAGCAUAUCACAUCUGAUGUACUGGCAGAGGUCCUUGUAGAGAGCUAUCCCCCAUCGAGUCCCACCGCAUCCUUCUUACUUGAAGCUAUCGGCGAAACUGGAGCUUUCGAGAGCGCGGUGGCUAGCUCCAAGAUGGACGUCGAAUCGGAGAAGACCAAGUCAAGUUCCAAAGAGAUUCUGCCAGAGAUCGAUACUUAUCUGUCUAUACUCGUUCAGAUCUACCUCUACGACAACAAGGAGAUCCACCGAGGUGCUAAGUUUUCGACGAGCUUAAUCGAGCGUCUGCGAACUAUUAACCGCCGCACUCUCGACUCUCUAGCAGCUCGCGUAUAUUUUUAUUACUCCCUCUUCUUUGAGCAGAUUGCUCCUCUUCCUCCGUCUCCUGCUGCCACGGUUACGACGAUUCGCCAGCCAUUGCUUGCAGCUCUCAGGACGGCCGUGCUUCGCAAGGAUGUUGACACCCAAGCUACCGUUAUGACAUUGCUUCUGCGCAACUACUUGUCCACGUCCCAUAUUUCACAAGCAGAUCUGCUUAUCUCUCACAACCGUUUCCCACAGUCCGCAUCGAACAAUCAGAUUGCCCGGUACUUGUACUACCUGGGCCGUAUCCGUGCUAUCCAAUUACAGUAUACUGAUGCUCACGGUCACCUGAUCGGCGCUACUCGAAAGUCACCCUCCAGCCACAGUGCGCGUGGGUUCUAUCAGGCCUCUCAUAAGUUGCUCGUGGUGGUAGAGCUUCUCAUGGGAGACAUCCCCGACCGUGCGAUCUUCCGUCAGCCUGCUCUGGAACGUGCCAUGCACCCUUACUUCCUGCUUGUCCAAGCCGUGAGUGUGGGUGACCUGGAUGGCUUUUUGAGCAUUGUAAAUACGCACAGUACGACAUUCCGUAAGGAUGGUACGUACACCCUUAUUCUGCGCUUGAGGCAAAAUGUUAUUAAGACCGGGAUCCGGAUGAUGUCGCUGUCUUAUUCUCGCAUCUCCCUGCGGGACAUUUGCCUCCGCCUGGGGCUGGACAGUGAGGAAUCAGCGGAGUACAUCGUUGCUAAGGCGAUCCGGGAUGGUGUGAUCGAGGCCACUCUGGACCAUGAGCGAGGAUUUAUGAAGAGUAAGGAAGUUGGAGAUAUCUAUGCGACCAGAGAACCUGGCGAGGCAUUCCACGAACGCAUUAGAGCUUGCUUGAGUCUUCACGACGAAAGCGUCAAGGCUAUGAGAUUUCCCAUGAACCAGCACCGCCUAGAACUGAAGAGUGCACAAGAGGCCCGGGAGCGCGAACGGGAACUGGCCAAGGAGAUCCAGGAUGCUCGAGCGGUCCCGGCCUCUGGCCUCGUCCUUCCAUCACGGGUCACGCCCGCGACAUCAAUAUGCUGGCAAUGCCUCCGCAAUGACCUUAUUUCGAUCCAAAGCAGUUCGCAGACGCGAGCAUAUCAUCCUACCCGACGGAAAUCCGCUUCUCCGUUUGGCGCCGCCGUCACCGCCGCCCAGACUCUCUUCAAAGGACUCCCAAAAGCCCCUCCAGGGAUUUCAGUAGAUCCCUUGAGGAUCGUGGGUAAGGAGCUCAAAUUUUUGACGAAAAAUAUUCGCCAAUUGUUGGGAUCAGGCCACCCUACGCUGGAUAAGGUGGCCAAAUAUUACACCAAGAGCGAGGGCAAGCACAUGCGUCCGCUUCUGGUGUUGCUGAUGUCCCAAGCAACUGCGUUGACUCCCCGGCACGGUCGAUGGAGCUCUGCACCGUCCUAUACAGUGAACGAUCCCAUCAGCUCCCCGUCCGUUCUUGCGGAUACCAAUCCUGAUUUAAAUCCGCUUGUAUCUUCCGCGGAAGCCAAAUACGACUUCUCUGGCGACGAUAAUAUCCUGCCCACUCAACGACGACUCGCCGAGAUCACAGAACUCAUUCAUACCGCAUCAUUAUUGCACGACGAUGUUAUCGACAAUGCUGUAACCCGCCGGUCAUCCAGCUCUGCUAAUCUUCAAUUCGGAAACAAGAUGGCCGUGUUAGCGGGCGACUUCUUGUUGGGGCGUGCAUCCGUUGCUCUGGCACGCCUGAGGGACCCUGAAGUCACCGAGCUGCUGGCCACCGUUAUUGCCAAUUUAGUGGAGGGAGAAUUCAUGCAAUUGAAAAAUACCGCUUCCGACGAAAAGAACCCCGUCUUCACGGAUGAAACCAUCUCUUACUACCUGCAGAAAACAUACCUUAAGACUGCUAGUUUGAUAAGUAAAUCGUGCCGUGCGGCUGCGCUACUUGGUGAUAGCACUCCUCAGGUCGUCGAAGCUGCGUAUGCAUAUGGACGCAACCUGGGACUGGCAUUUCAGCUAGUGGAUGACAUGCUGGAUUACACCGUUAGUGAUGCUGAGUUAGGCAAGCCGUCAGGGGCGGACUUGGAGCUGGGUCUGGCGACUGCCCCGCUCCUGUUCGCUUGGAAGCAGAAUCCUGAGUUGGGACCGCUGGUUGGUCGGAAGUUCAGUCGGGAAGGCGAUGUGCAACGGGCCCGUGAACUUGUUUAUCAAAGUAACGGUGUUGAAAAAACUCGUGUUCUGGCCCAGGAGUAUGCUGACAAGGCUAAGGCCGCGAUUAGCAGCUUUCCCGACAGUGAAGCCAAGGAUGGCCUCCUUCAAAUGUGUGAGAAGACGAUGAAUCGGAGGAAGUAG